AUGCCACCAAGCCACCGGUUCCCAAAAAUGUUAGCGAAGGUAACACCACCACCACCGGUCCUGAAAUGGGUUCGCAAAAAUAACACUUUCUCAAAAGAAAAGACAAAAGAGCACUUUGAAUGCCCAAAAGUGAUGGUAAAGAUUUUCGGACAGGCAAACAUCACGAAAUGCCCUCAUUUGGAUUGUAGCUCAUUCAAAGAGAGCUCUUCAACAUCUAGCAUAUCAAUUACAUUGGCAUUAUGCGAAUCACAUAGUCCUUCUGGGCAUGUUCAAGAUACUUUCGGCCUUAUACAGAUCCAAUAA